AGAGAGAGAGAGAGAGAGAGAGAGGUUAUCACCGACACGAUGGCAUAGCGGCAUCUGAGCAGAAACACCUCCACCAUGGACCUCUGAAAGACAACCGACACCAGGCUCAGAUGGGAUGAAAAUGCGGCGGCAUCGGGUGUUCUUGCUGUGCACGGUGGGCCUGUGCGUCAUCUCCUUCCUCCACUACUACAAGGCCCUCCACUACGUCUCCCUGCUCCGCGAGCUCUCCGCCCCCUACCCCAACAUCAAGUCCUUCAUCAUGGUCUCCGGCUUCUUCUGGAGGGAGAAGGGUGCGGGCGCCACCCCGCUCAGCCCCGCCUCCCCUGAAGAGGCCCCGCCCCUACCCGUCCUCCGACCGUCGGACAACAAAGCUCGAGGCGCGGAGGGCGUCGAGGGAGGAGGGAUGUCUAUGGGGAACGGCGGGGUAAUUGUUGGAGGCCCCGGGAUCGUUGGCGACGCCGGGCUGGAGAUGAGGUUGAGGGAGGAGCCGGCGCCUCCUCACCCGUGGGAGAAACCGGAGGAGAACCAGCGGGAAGGCGAUCUGAAUGAGGAGAGAGCUGAAGACCAUUUGAACCUGCGGAUCCCCAGUCGCCCUGCCCAACCUGUAGGGCCCGACCGCCCAGAGGUCCCGUUGGCGAGAAGAGAGCACCUGGACGCGUUUCACAAGAAUCAGUUAUCUGACCCCUUGGAAUCAAUGGGAGACCUCCACACCCGCAACCACAAGCUCCAGGAUGACAAAACACAUUACUUUGUGCGAACCAAAGCAGGAGCCCUGUGUUUCCGACAGGGGACGGAGGUGGCUACCCAAAAGGAGUACUCUGGGAAAUCAGGGGGGUCCGUGGCUAACGGAGGAGGGGACGGUGCUCGAGCCGCUGGGCAAAGGAAACCUCUGGAGGUCCAGCAGCAGCCCUCCAUCGCCCCGAAGGCCAAGACCAGGUCCAGGGGCGGCGGCAAACGGCUGGUGAAGUGCGUUUGUCGGCCGGGUUGGCACGGACCUUACUGCGGGGUUCCCACCAUGGUGUACCACUCCAACCUGCCCACCAAGGAGCGGCUGACGCCCAGAGAAACCCCGCGGAGGGUCAUCAACGCCAUCAACGUCAACCACGAGUUUGACCUGCUGCAUGUGCGCUUUCAUGAGCUCGCACAGGCGGUUGAUGUUUUCCUAAUUUGUGAAUCCAAUUUUACCGCCUACGGAGAGAGACGGCCCCUGAGUUUCCUGCGGCUCCUCCUCAACGGUACAUACGACUACAUACGUCACAAGAUCCUCUACGUGUUCCUCGACCACUUCCCCGAGGGCGGCCGGCAGGACGGCUGGAUCGCCGACGACUACUUGCGUACCUACCUGACGCACAACGGCCUGUCCAGGGUGGCGGGCAUCAGAUCGGACGACGUCUUCGUCAUCAACGACGCUGACGAAAUCCCGGCGCACGAAGGCCUCGUUUUCCUCAAACUGUUUGACGGCUGGACGGAGCCGUUCGCUAUCCACAUGCGCAAGUCACUGUAUGGUUUCUUCUGGAAGCAGUUCGGUUCUCUGGAGGUGGUGUCGGGCUGCACGGUGGGGAUGCUCCACGGCGUCUACGACGGCGACGGCAUCAAGCUCCGCCGGCGCGAGUACUACACCAUGCCGGGCUUCCGCAAGUACGAGAACGACACGGGCCACAUCCUGGUGCAGUGGUCGGUGGGGAGCCCCUUCCACUUCGCCGGGUGGCACUGCUCCUGGUGCUUCUCGCCGGCGGGGAUCUACUUCAAGCUGGUGUCGGCUCAGAACGGAGACUUCCCGCGGUGGGGCGACUACGAGGAUAAACGCGACCUCAACUACAUCCGCGAUCUGAUCCGGACGGGGGGCUGGUUUGACGGCUCCCUGCAGGAAUACCCCCCAGUGGACCCCAAAGAGCACAUGUACGCCCCCAAGUACAUGCUGGAGCACUACGACAGGUACCGCUACCUCCUGGAGAACCCUUACAACAAAGCGUCCAGACUGAGUGAGGGCUAGGAGGACGGCUGGAAGAAGAUCCGUGACAUAACUAGCAGGACCGAGUGAGGCCUCAGCACUGAGCGGAGCGGUACUGAACUACAUCUCUCAUUGGAGCGAUGCUACAUGUGUCUCCACCAGGCAGCACUGAUGUUGCAGGGAAUGAAAACUCUCUUUAAAAAUCAUAUUAUUUUGGGGUCUAAAAAGGGAAACUUGUCAUCCACCAUGGAUUUACGGAGAGAUCAUCGAGAGGAUACAACCACUGGAUAAACAAAAUUAUAGAUUUCCUCAUCCCUCCCUUUUUGGGGGAGGAGCCUAGCUAUCUCCUUUUCCGUCAGCCUCGCCCCUCUCCUCUCUUUCUUCACCCGAACAGAUUGGAUUCGCCAUUUCUCAGAAAAUGAGGCAGCUUCAAGGUAAAGAGGGGGAUGUUCGAGACGAGAAACAUGGAAACGAAGAGGCGUUUUUUGUUUUUUUUCUGUCUGUGUUUACUAAAGUUUAGGGUACCGUCUGGUGUUCCCACUCUCUUCCUGUCUUCCUGUCAUACUUGGUGACCUCCUUCCAGAAACAGACACACGUUCAGAUAUUCUCGGGUCUCAGUAGAAAAGUAUAAAUCCUAUUAAACCCCCGCUGGAGUGCCCACUGCCAAACGAAACGGAACUCGGCUCACUCAUGCACUCACACUGUGAGUCUCUCUGUUUGUGUGUGGCCUGUGUCUUUGUGUCAUAAUUGCGUGGUGUUUCGGGCUGCGAAUGGGGGCAAGAUCAGCGAAAGGAAAGAGAAAGCGAGAAGGAAUCAUCAGGGGAGGAUGGGGAGAUGGGGAAUGAGAGACGGAGUGAUGAGGGAGGACGAUGAAAAAGCAAAAGAAAAGGAAGCUCCCUCGGCGUUCCCAGUUUUCCCACAGUGUCUGCUGACGCACGAGUUGUUUCAGAGACGAGUGUGCUGAAUGUGUGUGAAUGUGUGUCCCUUCAGAGCUCACGCACAGCUCUGAAUAAAUCAAGCCCCAGUCGAGGGCAUCAGAGACGGAUGACAGACUCGCCGUUAUUGUUUGAAACAAUCGAGACCUACUUUUGGGAAAGAUCACCUCUUCUGGGUUCGUCUCUCCGUCCAACCGGCAGCUGAGAUGCGUUUGUUCCCUUGGAAACUAAAGAGUGUAGGAAAUGAGACAGAGAUGGGUGUUGUUAUGAUGAGUGGGUGGGUUCACAUCAGGCAAAGGAGCUGCAGCGUUCAAACGAGGUCAAUGCCGACUGUGGGUCUCCUCUGCUGUCAGUCGCCCACUCUCUGAAAAUGACUCCAAGCUUCUCCUGUCGCUUUCCUGUCGUCUUACUUUCUCUUUUUAUGCCGCCAAGUGUUUUCCAGUUUUGUUUGGUGUUGGUUUCCUUUUAAUCCUCAUCAACCAGGCUUAUUUUGUCUCCCUGCGGUACAGUUUUUGUUUUUUUUGCUAGUGUUGUGCCUGAUCAGAGCCAUGGAGCGAAUACUUCUUCACUCCAGGGAAGUAAAGAAGUAUUCGGUUGUAGCGUUGGUAUGUUUAGAUGGUUUCCCCCAGAGACAGAAAGGAGACGGUCCACUAAGAGACAGCUUCCUGUUUAUGUGUCACAUGGUUUCUCCUCUGUCCUGCCCCUUUAAGAGACCAACGGCUGGUCUAUUAACUCCAAUGGGAGAAGUGAACAUCACCAAUUAUUUCACUCCACAGCCACAAAAGUAAAUAUUGUAACCUUUAUUUCAGUCACACAUCUUGCAAAAAGUUGCAAAAAACAUGUAAAGCUCGCUGUUCAACCUCAACCAUUCAAGGUCAAUAUCUGACCCCGACCAUCGAGACAGAGUUUUGCAACUUUUUGGUUUCCUUCUAGACACAACGUAUUAGUUUUUCCAGCAUCCAGCAGCAAAAGUGAACUGCAAUCAAAAAGAAGAGCCCUGAAGCUCCGCCCCCGUUGCUGCAUAGCACAGUAUUGCUUUUCUUUUUUAUCCAAAAAGUAUUGUUUCCAAAACUGCACCAAAUUCAACUCUGCAUGUCUUAAGGGGUCAACACGUACAGCUUUACAUUUAGAUUCUUCUCUAAACAUUCACUUCUCCUUUUUCAAAAUGCACUCAGCUCUUUCUCUAACUGUCCCACACACACACACACACACACACACACACACACACACACACACACACACACACACACACACACACACACACACACACACACACACGUGUAUCCACUUCCUCUUAAUCCUCACAAGAAUGUAUCGUUUCAGUAAUAGAGAUAUAUUUAUCCUUCUCUCUGCCUCAUUUGUCCCCCCUCCCCCCAGCCGUUACCAUGGCGAUGCCUUCCCCCCGUUGCCCACAGAUCACUAUUAUCUGAACAUUUAUGGCAUGAGCGCUCGGGUGCUUUCUCGAUGUGGCUCGAUGUAACAAUCCCCACUCCACCGGUGUUGUUGUGGAUGAGCGUGGUGAUCUCGUUUGGGCCGACGGCAGCGGCGGGCGGGGUUUAAAGCUCUUGUCCGGGGGCGAGGGAAUCAUAGCAGCACGAGUAACGGGAGCGAGGGAGCAGUUACUUGCAUCUAAUUUUCUUUUAAUUGCGGAUUGACUGCAUCCAACAUCUGCUUCCUCCGACGCCUGCCGGUUAUUGUUUUCCUCGGCAUUACGCUGCUUCAAAGUGAACUGAGCCUCGAGAGGAAAGAAAAGUGUUUGGGAUGAAACUUUCAAUCCUGAAGUUUGAUGUUGUAGCUGAAUUUCACUUGCAGAUAAAGCUCUUUCUUCCCACCUGUUUCACUUUGCUUAAAGUGUCCUUGAGCAAGACGUCAAAGCACAACCUCCUCCUUCAUCAUUUAGUCAGACGUACGAUGAAAGCCUCAACGAGCGGAUAGGUAACGGAGGUUCAGAGGAGCACAUCAGUCCGUCACGCUGGCUGUUGGGUAGAGCAGAUUAGCCGACAGGGUGCUUGUUGGUGGCGUCGGCUCGGUGAUGCCCGGAUGGCAGCGCGGCCUGUGGCAGCAGCUGUUGGGGGUUUGGUGUCAGUGCUCAGAGCCAAAAUCCAACCCAUCCCAGCCAACCCCAGAGGGGCUGCACAGAGACCAGCUGUAAAUAGGAUUUGACAUCAUCCGACUGAGGAGACGACAACAAUGGAUUUACUGCCGUUUAAAAAGCUAAUGAUUGAUGGAACAAAAACAAAACAGGUGCUGAAUUUUAGAGGGGAAGAAGGCUCUUGGACCAUUUGAGUUUAAAUCCAAUCGUUAAAUCUGCUUUUUUGGUUGUUGAUUUGGUGGCCCUAAAGCUGCAUUCUCUCUAGUGUCCACCAGGGGGCGACUCCUCUGGUUGUAUAGAAGUCUAUGAGAAAAUGACUCUACUUCUCUCUUGAUUUAUUCCCUCAGUAAACAUUGUAAACAUGAGUUUAUGGUCUCAAUCUCUAGUUUCAAGUCUUCUUCAAUACAGCAUGAUGUUCAUUUAGUAAAUGAUGCUCCAUUUAGAGUCAAACAGACCAUAAAGCAGGGGAUGCUUUAGGGCGGGGCUACACACUGAUUGACAGGUCGCUACCACUUUGUUUUUUUUAGAAAACACUUUAAAGAGCUUUUCUAGCAAAACUAUCAUUGACGAAUGCUAAAGUAUCUAAUUUGAUGUGCAAACAAAACAAACCAAAAUUGCAUAUAUUCCCUCAAACCUCAAACACAAACCAUAUUCUCAUUUUCACGCCGCCACGUUUCUGCUUUUUCUGCUAAUCAUCAUCUUAGAAGUGGGAUCAGCGGGGCGGGGAGUGUUUGUGUUUAAC